UUUCGUGUCGGACCACUGUGUGUGCGACACAGCGUCCAACGCAAGCUGCUACAGGUGGACUGGACAUGUCUCCUUCACGGUCCGUAUUGUUGGUGGGAGAAGGGAACUUCUCGUUCUCUGCGUCCAUGAGCCAGAUAUACGCUGACACAGAGACCUGCAUAACGGCCACUUGUCUGCAGCAUAAGGAUGAGGCACUGCGGCAUGAGGGUGCAGCCAGUAACGUUCAGAUCAUCAAGGACUCAGGUGGAACUGUGCUUUUCGAGGUGGACUGCACAAAGCUGGGGGAAUGUGCCUCCCUGCGGGGCCGUGUGUUUGACCGUGUGGUGUUCAACUUUCCUCACUGCGGCAGAAAGAGUGGGGUGAAAAAGAACCGAGAACUCCUCAAAAACUUCUUUCUCAGUUGUGUUCAGGUAUUGGCUGAAGACGGGGAGGUUCAUGUUUCCUUGUGCAACGGACAGGGCGGGACACCAGCGGACCAGCCGAAGCGAGAGUGGCACAACAGCUGGCAAGUGGCUGCCAUGGCAGCAGAAGCACACCUAAUCCUUAGUGACAUCCAUCCUUUUGAAAGUGAGAAAUACCAGAGCUACAAGUGCACUGGAUACAGGAGCCAGGAUAAGGGAUUUCAUGUGGAGAAAGCUUUGCUCCAUGUGUUCACCCACAGCCUCGCCUACACCUCCGCUCGGAUGCUUAAGGUGGAGGAGGCUGUUGAAGGGGAGAAGGUCCAGUACAACCUACCAGCUGAGCUCAGUGAUUAUAUAUUCAGGGGAUUUCUCUGCUCAGGGUCUGUCCACCCUGUCAGAUUGCUGCAAGAUUUUCUUCUCGAAGGACUGGCAGAGGAGUGGUUGGUCUCCAUGACGACAGACGCCAUUCCCUUCCUCCUGACGGCCAAACAGCUGCAGACGUGCUGCCGUGAUGUAGACAGUACACACUGCUACUGGAUCAACCUGCUUCAGAAAGACCUCAACUCUGACAUAUAUACUUCUGCAGACAAAGAAAAAGAUCGGCUGACGUUCUCGGACAGUCAGAGACGCACAGACACACCAGAAACUCUGUCAGCCACAUAUGUUAUCUCAGAUAAAGUGAACAGGGUGAGGAGCAAAGGAGCUAAGAGCUUAAGGUCUGCAUGUUCUCUGGAUGUUGAUCCUGAAGGGGAAAGUGGUCUUUAUUUGCUGCGUCCAUCACUGCUCCCUCAGAUGGAAGAGCUUCUAACUAAAACAAAAGAGUUGAUUAACAAUGCAGUGAGUCAUAGGGAGACUGAGACGAAUAAUAAAAGUGUUGAAGUUGAAGGAAAUAAGGAGGAGGAGCCCUGUGGGGGCUGUAAUGGUGUAACUAGCUUGUUAUUUGGCAUUAGUGGCCUGGUUUUCAGGAGUGUGCCCGUCAACCCCUGGGCCCUGCCUGUCUUUCACGAGCUUCUGCUCAGAGGUGUUUUCCCUUCAAAGUGUGAGCCAGUCAGAUUGCUUGGACAAAGGCUGGAAACGCUACUUGCACCAUAUGGGGUCUCCCUGAUUUCAGAACGGGGAGGUCUGCGUCUGACGGCACAGCCGAUGGGUUCGGUUGGUAAGGUGUUUGCAAGAAAUGCAAGUGACAACAUUAACCACGUGACUGUGUCCCUAAAUUUGGACCUUCUGGCCGUGCUCCUGUUCUCCCUCCCCGACUGGCGGCUGCUGUGGUCACAUGACCCACGCUUCUUAAAACAGUUUGAACUCCACCCACCACCUGGGACUUCUUUCCACCCAUUUUCCCUUUUCCCGGAGCACUUCAGCUUUGACAUCAGCUUCUGGACAGGGCCGACAUGGGAGGAGAACAAGUUCCACGCUGUGGUCCGAGAGGCCAGUCAUGGGACCGUGGAGCAAGUUAAACUCAUUGACACAUUCUCACAUCCAGACCUGAGCCAGACCAGUUACUGCUACAGACUCAUCUACCACUCACACACACAUGCUCUGUCACACACACAAGCCCUCAAAUUUCACAAACACUUGGAGUCUUUACUUUCCUCACGGUUGAAAGUCUCCAUCAGGUAGCUAGAUAUCAGUCUCUUGGAGGAACAGGGAUUUAACCUCAGUUUUUUUCAGAGACCUCAUAAUUACCGACAAAAGUCUGUCUGUGACUGCUAAGCAAAUUAUAAGCAUAUAAUCUGCAAAACUGUAGUUGAACAAUGUUUAUAAUAACUGAGGCAUUGUUUAUAGUAUGUCUUUGAAAUGUGAUUGGAAUUCUGUGUUUCUGUGUGUGUUUUAAUUACCCUACAAUAAACCAGUUAUUUAAUAUUAAUUUGUGGUCUGUCAAAAAUCAUUGUAAAAUAG